GGCACUUUACGACACGCCGUAUUUGUUUACGGCAUCAUGGCAGCCUGCUGGCUCGCGCUGUGACUCCGUCGGCUCUGACCGUCAGAAACCUGAAAUUUCACCACUAUGACAACGGGGACAUGAGGCACGAGGCCAGCAGGUCGGUAACGGGAGGCUCGUGAGCGUUAUGAUGAUGUGUUUUCGGAGGGAUGUUCGCUGGUUUGUGUCCGCGCGGUGUGCGGGUGCGUGUUGGCUCGAGGGUGCGUCAUGGCGGCACAGACACACACCUGUCACCGGGGGGCCGAGGUCCAUACAGCCGCCGGUGACCGGCUCGUGGAUCUCCAGGCUCAGAGGGACGGACAGCCGGGUCGCGUGCUGGCCCGGGAUUCUCCAGCAGGUCAAACCGACACCGUGGCACGCGCACGGAACCGCACUACUGUACCGGGGAGGUCACGAGAGGUCGUCAGCGGCUAGUUUCCGGUCCCUGUUGUCAUCAGGAGCUCGAGGGCUUUGCAGCGGAAAGCAUGAGGAGACGCCGGUCAGCCCACCUGCGGCGGACCGGGCUGAAGGCGCCCCGGUACCGGGACAAGGACUGUUCAAGUUCAAAGAGCUGUACGAGAACCCGUGGACAAUCCCCAACCUGUUGUGCGUGUGUCGGAUUUCGCUGGCUCCGCUGCUGGGUCACCUGAUCAUCCAGCAGCACUUUCACCUCAGUCUGGCUCUGUUUACCCUGGCAGGAGCUACUGACUUGUUGGAUGGUUACAUCGCCAGAACGUGGCCCACUCAGAAAUCUGCACUGGGCAGCGCUCUGGACCCACUGGCUGAUAAAAUUCUCAUCAGUAUUUUAUAUGUCAGCCUCACCUAUGCUGAAAUUAUACCAGCUCCACUGACAGCUUUAGUGAUUUUCAGAGACAUUGGUUUGAUAGCUGCUGUCUUCUGGGUCAGAUACAAGACUGUACCUCCACCGGUGACCCUUAGUAAGUUUUUUAACCCCUGCUACACCACAGCUCAGCUCAAACCCACACUCUUCAGCAAGGUGAACACAGCCAUCCAACUCCUUCUGGUCGCAGCUUCUCUGGCAGCUCCGGUUUUCCAGUUUUCAGACAGCGUCCUGCUGCAGUGUUUAUGGUAUGUUACAGCAGUGACAACAGCAGUGUCGGGUUAUAGCUACUGGCACUACGGCCGCAAGACUGUGCAGGUGCUGAACACCAGAUCACCAUGACAACCACACCAGGAAACACCCAGAAAGCAAGAACAAAAGCAGCGAAAUGUCGCCGCAGAGACAAUGAUCAGCCGUGGCAAAAGCCGGACGGGACAGGUGGACGAUCGCCGGGAGGACUGAAACCAAGCAGCUGUGACAACCAUUUAUGAGUCGCCAUGGCAAUGAUGCACGGAAACCAACCGAGGUCGCAGAUGGUUUACUGCAACACUACAGAAACGCCUAACAGCAGCUCUGCCACUGGACUGAAAUAGAGACACAUGUACGGAGAUGGAAACGGCAAACACAAACUAUCCACACAUACACACACACACACACACACACACACACACUCACACACACACACACAUACUCACGUCAAGUAUAUAUCAACUGAUCUGGCAAGAGCUUCUAUUUUUUCUUAGUUUUUCAAUCAAGAUGUUGCAAUGUCAUCCUAAUCAUCGUCACAUGAUUGUCAGUUUUGUAAACCAAUGAUUUAUUGAUUAAAAAAGAAAAUUUGCUUUGA